AUGGCCAAAAUCAAAUCCAUUGAGUACUUCCGUGUGCUGCCUCGAUGGCUCUUUGUUAAGAUUGUCGACGAAAAUGGUCACUAUGGCUGGGGCGAGAGUACACUGGAAGGUCAUACCGAGGCUGUCGAGGGCACUCUGAAUGCCUUGUGCAAGCGAUUCCAAGGAUACGAAGCCGAUGACAUCGAACAUAUCUGGCAGAUGGCCUGGCGACUGGGUUUCUACCGUGGUGGCCCCGUCUUAAUGUCCGCCAUUUCUGGCAUCGAUAUCGCCCUCUGGGACCUCAAGGGCCGUCGACUCGGCGUGCCCAUCCACCAACUCCUCGGCGGCAAAGUCCGGCACAAGCUGUCCGUGUAUGCCUGGAUCGGCGGGGACCGACCUUACGACGUCGAAGUCGCCGGAAAAGCACGUCUUGCCCAAGGGUUCAAAGCCAUCAAGAUGAACGCCACCGAGGACGUCAACUGGUUGGAUUCGCCGCGCGUGCUGGACGCCAGUGUCGAGCGACUAAAGACCAUCAAGGCGCUGGGCCUGGAUGCCGCGGUGGACUUCCACGGUCGUCUGCACAAGCCCAUGGCCAAACAGCUGGCCAAGGCGCUGGAACCACACCAGCCGCUCUUCCUCGAGGAGCCACUUCUCUCCGAACACCCUGAGGGGAUCAAGCAGCUGUCGGGCCUGGUGUCGUGUCCCAUCGCCCUAGGAGAACGACUGUUCAGUCGCUGGGACGUCAAGCGGUUCCUCGAAGAUGGCAGUGUUGAUGUCUUGCAGCCGGAUAUCAGCCACUGUGGCGGCAUCUCGGAACUGCGUCGCAUCGCCUCCAUGGCGGAGACCUACGAUGUGUCUCUGGCGCCGCAUUGUCCGCUGGGCCCCAUCGCCUUGGCUGCCUGCAUGCAGGUGGACCUAACUACGCCGAACUUUGUUAUCCAGGAGAUGAGCCUGGGCAUCCAUUACAACACCGAGGCGGGUGAUUACGACAUCACCAGCUACGUGAAGGAUCCGAGCGCCUUCGAGGUCCGCGACGGUUACGUCGAUGCGCUGAUGGGGCCCGGCCUGGGUAUCGAGAUCGACGAGGAGGUGGUUCGUCGUGUCGCCCAAUCCACUGAGCCCUGGUUGCCUAAGGAAUUCUUUGGCCCGGAUGGUGGUAUUAGAGAGUGGUAG